AUGGCAGAGGAACAACAUAUGGCUGUUCAGGAGGUGGCGAUGCCCAGCAUUGCUAAUGUCACCUCCAACAUCGUGAAGCCCAGAAUCACUGGGCACUUUGAGUUAAAACAGAGCAUGAUCCAGCUAUUACAUGCGAAUGGGCAAUUUAUGGGUCUUCCACACGAGGAUCCACAACAGCACAUCCUGAACUUCCUGGAGAUUAGUGAUACUUAUAUCACUAACGGAGUCACUCCAGAUUAUGUGAGGCUCACAUUAUUCCCGUUUUCUCUAUUGGGCGAAGCAAAGCGGCAAACUGCAAAGAUUAGAAGUGAGAUAGUCGCCUUCAAACAGAAAUUGGGGGAGUCUUUAUACUCAGCUUGGGAAAGGUUCAAGGGGUUGCUCAGAGUCUGUCCUCAUCACAAUCAGACAAAUGAAGUGUUAGCUUACAUUUUCAUAGAAGGGCUACAUCCUGAGACAAAGAUUGUGGUGGAUGCUGCAGCGGGAGGUCGAGUGUUGGAGAAAAACUUCGAUGAGAUAUAUGCAUUAUUGAACAAAUUCUCCAAAAGCAAUCCUGAUUGGCAAGGAGAGAUGGUCAGACACACCGUUCAAAAAUCUGCAGGGGAUCUCAAGUUAGAUGUCGUCUCUGCAUUAUCAGCACAGGUUGCCACAUUGGCCAACCAAGUCAAUAAGAUGACCUUGGUUAUUAAUAAGCAACAAGCUCAGCCAGUGCAACAAGUUCAAAUAUUUUGUGAAGUAUGUGGAGAGGGUCACACGAGCGACUUAUGCCCAGUUAAUUCAGAGUAUGUGUAUUUGUGGGUAAUGCAAAUCGAGGCCAGAUCACCACAGGCUGAACAACCCACGAACUCAAUGAGUCACAUUGAGGAGAUGCUAAAGAAAUUGAUGGCUGAUCAACAGGCUCAAGCAGCAGCCCAUGCUGCAGCGAUUCAAAAUUUGGAGAGACAAGUGGGGCAACUUGCCAGUGCUCAAAAUACUCGACCAGUUGGGGCUCUUCCUAGUGAUACUGAGCCUAAUCCUAAAGCUCAAGUCAAUGCGGUUACCUUGAGAAAUAGAAGAGUAUUAGAAGAAGUUCCAAAGAAAAAGAAGUAUACGGCUAGUCUUGAAGGAGAAUUAGUUCCCAAGCCAAUUGAGGAGAAUGAGAAAGAGAGCGAAGGAUUAGAGCUAGUAAUUGUGACAAGGCCACCACCUUCGUUUCCACAAAGACUGCAGAAGAAAAAAAGAUGA